AUGGACCUUGAUGGGGACUUUCCCUCGCCUGAGGGUGAGCAACAGACCGAUGAAUCCAUCUUCUCUCACGAGAAUGACACUUCCUCUAUGUCUGCCUUUGCAGACCCCAAUCCCAACCCUAUGGGACCAAGCACGAUUGGAUCAACCUCUGCUUCGUCAGGCAUGGGACAACCAUCAUUAGACAUCUUGACACCCCAGACGACGCAAAGUUUAUUCCAUAAUCUUGACACAUCGAUGCCCGCCGAGGCCGAUCCUCUCUUCUUCCAAAUUCCCGACCUCAACCUCCUCUCCAGCUCGUGGAUCUCGGCCAGCACCAACGAAGUCGAGAUGUUCUCAUACAAUGAACUUGAUGAUAUAGACCUUCGAUUCCUCGAUUCUUACAACACUAGCAUUCCGUUCGAGAUUAGAAGUAUCCAACCCACUCCCCGCGGCGCGCAAACACCCCAUGCGGCGGCACACACAGACCCCGGUGAACCCGCUGCUAUGUGCACUGAAGCAUUUCAAAACUCUCACUGGAAAUUCCGACCCAAUGCCAAAGACCAUGCUGGUGCCGAGGAGCAUAAUCUCUCCCUACCCGCCACAGACUCUGCUUACCCCUCGCCCGAGUCCGGGGUCGCUUUAGAUAUGAACACUAGGGUUACUUGUGCCAAACUAGGGGGACCUGCGAGAGACAGGAUUCUCAUGAUGGUUGUCAACAGCUGUCGCUCGGAUCAUUUGUCUAAAGCUGUGGCAUCAUUCCCUUCUGCUGAGCUAUUGGACACCCUGCUUCAGUUUUAUCUGACUUCAUCUGUCACACACGCUACAUCUUUCAUUCAUGCGGCUUCCUUGGACCCCAAUGAGAAGAGACCAGAGUUGGUGGCCGCAAUGGCUGCUUGUGGCGCGGUCUUGACUUCCGACCCUGCUUUGUCGAAGCUUGGCUAUGCUAUACAAGAAUGUCUGCGGGUUGCUGUAGCCAAACACUGGGAACGCGACAACACCCUUGUGCGAGACCUACAACUCACCCAAGCCUUUCUCAUCAUCCUUGAGAUGGGAAUCUGGAGUGGCCUCCCAAGAAAAGUCGAAAUCGCAGAAAGCUUCUUCAACCCUGUCUUGACUAUGAUGCGUCGCGAUGGAAAGUUCAAAAAGUCGGUCUAUCCCGACACUAAGCUCGCAAACGUCCAUGGUGCGGUCUCUCGACACGAGUGGCUGAAGUGGGUGGAGGAUGAGUCAUUCAAGAGAGUUGCCUGCAGGAUGCUAUCUCACGACGCGAACACAUCUGUGGCACUCCUGGUUAGUCCUUUUAUAUCAUACGCAGAGGUCUUACUACCACUGCCAAUGAGUGUAGACGUUUGGACUGCCGCUUCCCCAGAGCAGUGGAAUUCAUUGAUGGUAUCUCGUGGAAGCAAUGAGCCACUUUAUGUCGCAGAUGUUAUCGACGACCCAGACGUCCUCAAUAAUCAUGCGGGCUCAGUGGACACCUACGUCACAGUCCUGACUGCACUUGCAUGCACGUGGACCAUGUGCUGGGAGUACCUUCAACUGUUCUCUCUGCAGCGCUCAAAGCCAAGACGUUGGAAUACUCUUGUCACGGAGAUGCGAAAAGAUGAGUUGCUUAAACUCCUCGGACAUUUACAGCUGAGCUUAUCUCCCGAUGUGUCUAUGGACUCAGAGAUUCAAAUGAGGCUGGAAGUCGCCUUUUUGCAUCUACAGAUGCCCUUUGAAGAUAUCCAGAUAUUCGCAGGCAUGGACGGCCCUGAGCGUGCUCGUGCAGUCUAUCCCACGGUUCGCGACUGGGCGAAGAGCGAAGCCGCACGACAAACAGUCUACCACGCCGCACAGAUCGUGCAGAUCGCCAAACAAUCACCGAAGGGAUCUAUGCGCGGCCCUAUGGCGAUAAUAAUCUACCACGCCAGUUUGGCAUUCUGGGUGUACGGUCUUCUCUCCGAGCAGUCAGGUAUUUCUCGGGCGUUGAGUCAGAAUGUAUAUCUCGACGAUGUGGAUAACAUCGCGCUGCAGCGAUUCAAAGGUUUUGGACAAGGGCAGCCGUGUAUAAAAUGGCGAUCGGAGAUAGCUGGUGAAGGAGAGGUUGUUAUCAGCGUUCCACUUUCACAGCCUGAUAAGGUCAUGGAGGCUGUCAUGGGAGUUGUGAGAACUAAUUUCAAGGGGAUGCCUAUGCCGCAUCUGACGGAGAAGUUGGUUCAGUUGAUGGCGGAGUUGGAGAAUUCGGCUAAGAGGAAGUUGGAUGCGUGA